UCUGCUGAGGCAGAGAGACGCACCGGAAAAUGCAACCGAGGGCGAGAGAGAGAGAGAGAAAGGGGGGAGGGACUGUUGUUGCGUGCAGCACUGCUGUCAUUUGGCUGCUGCACGGCUCAGUGGCAAGACGGUCCGCUGAAGGGAGGAGAGAAAACGAGGGAGUGAGAGAAAGAGGAGAGAGAAAAGGAGAACCAGGGCGGCAGCUGCUGCAGCCUGACAGAAAGGAACGGGAAAAAUAAAGGGCACACGGAAUUAGCAUUCGAGAAAGAGCUGCACGUUCGUCCUCUCCUCCAUGCUCUCGCUCUUCUCUCAUCCGGCCCUAAAUGCUCUCCGGUAGAGGAAGACGCUUGGGGGUCGAAUAAAAGGCAGGCAGAGCAAGGGAAGGUGCAGGCAUGGCUGCCAAGAGGGGCAAAUCCGGCGUGCCACAAAGCGUGGCACGGAGCGAGCUGAAGGUGUACCGCGUGGGCAGCACGGAGGGACGCAUCCCGGUGCCGUCCAACCUUCGCAAACAGAGGUCCCUGACCAACCUGGCCGUGCUGACGGAUGCUGAGAAGAAGAUGCAACUCUACGAGCCCAAGUGGUGCGACGACAUGAGCAAAGCUGCUUCGGGACACCUGAAGAUGGGCAAACCCAAACCGGCGGGCGGCGGAGGGGCGGGUGGUUCCCAACUCUCUCGCAACCUGUCCAAAUCGGACCACUCCCUCUUCCAGGGCAAACCCAAGACGUUCACCCCGCUCGCGGCACCUGGCGCCUUGGGGAAAGGCCAAAGUCGGAUCCCUCGAGGCCCUUACGCGGAAGUAAAACCCUUGAGCAAAACAUCCGAUGAUUGCAAAUCCGACGACGAUAUCCUGUCCAGCAAAGCCAAAGCGAGUGGGAAGAAACCGGCGGCUGGGAGCUCCGGAGACCCGGAGGCAAAAGGUCAAGGUGAGGAAGGUGGUGAUAAACCUUUCCUCAAGGUGGACCCAGAACUGGUGGUCACCGUUCUCGGUGACCUGGAGCAGUUGCUCUUCAGUCAGAUGCUCGAUCCCGAGUCUCAAAGGAAACGGACGGUUCAGAAUGUUCUGGAUCUCAGACAGAAUCUGGAGGAAACCAUGUCCAGUCUUCGAGGGACUCAGCUCAGCCAGAGUUGUUUGGACAGCAGCGUCUGCUACGACAGCGACGAAACAAACGCCCGCAGCAUCUCCAGCCUCUCCAACCGCUCCUCUCCUCUCUCCUGGCGCCACGGACAGUCCAGUCCUCGUCUGCAAGCCGGCGACGCGCCUUCCUCAACGGGCAGCAGCUAUAUGUCCGGCACCAAGGCCUCGUCUCAAUACACCUCUCACACCAUGCCUGCCCGCUGCUCCAGCCGUCUCAGCCACACGUCACGCAGCGAGUUCAUCGAAGGCCUGGACGCCGGAGAUAGCGACCUCAAGUCUGGUUACCUGAGUGAUUCUGAUGUACUUUGCAAGAGCCUUAAUGACGACGACGAUGACGACAAUCUGGCCAAUGGUUGGGACGAGAGCAGCUCCAUCAGCAGCGGUUUAAGUGAUGGUUCUGAUAACCUGAGCUCAGAGGAACUCAACGCCAGCUCGUCUCUCAACUCCCUCCCCACCACACCUGUCGGCUCGCGACGCAACUCCUCUGUCAUGUUGCGGACGGAUGCAGAGAAGCGUUCUCUGGUGGAGAGUGGACUGGCGUGGUACAGCGAGGACAGUAAGUCCUUACGGAAGGCUGAUGGGGUUUAUGACACAGGCAGCCUAAAAGCAGAGCCUUCCAGCAAGUGGAGGAAAACUCGGCUGCCGGAUGGUUCUGCGCACGACAAGGUGGGGAAAGGAGAGCUGAAGAAACCUCAGAGUCUCGGACAACAAGGGAGCUUCAAAAAGGGCCGCAAUCCUCCUGUGGGCGUCACCUCACCCAUCACACACACUUCACAAAGUGUGCUAAAAGUUGCAGUUUCUAAAGGAGACACCAAGGCAGUUGACAAGGUGAAAAUGACCGUCAAAGCAACAGGUCUCCAGCGUUCCCGCUCCGACGCCGGCCGGGACAACGAGCACCGCAAGCCUCCCUCAGGUCUGGUGAAACCCUCCGCUGGCAGCUCUUUCGGUUACAAGAAACCGCCGACCACCGGAAACGCCACUAUCCUGACAGCAGGAGGCGCCACUAUCACCAGCGGCUCUGCCACUGUGGGCAAAACCCCCAAGUCCUCUGGCAUCCCCAUCAAACCCAUCCCAGGCGGAGGUGCACGCAAAAACAGCCUGGACGCCAGCGGCUCCGAACAGGGUUUCCUCGCGCCCAACGCUCGCGGCAGCAUUCAGUAUCGCAGUCUGCCACGACCUGCCAAAUCCAGCGCUAUGAGCUUGACAGGACGCCCCCCUUCCUCUCGGCCUGUUAGUGGCAGCAUCGACGCCAGUCUCCUCACCCUUAAACCCGUACCGCCUCUGCCCAACACCAUGCCCACCAGAGGAAAAGAAGGAGGAAGCUUGAAAGCUACUAGUCGCCCGAGCACAACGGGACCUGUAAACCAAACAGACCGUGAGAAGGAGAAGGAAAGGGCCAAGGCCAAAGCCGACCUGGAGAUCAGCUGUCUGAAGGCCGAGAACCAGAGCGACAGCUGUGGAGAGACUGUGGAGAAGAUCCAUCGAGUGCGGAGGACGAGUACGAGUAAAUACCCUGAACUGAGCUCUCCGACCAGCACGCCAAGGUUGCUGAGCAGCAAGUCUCUAGUUCACCCUCCCAGCUUGGCUCACCUAGACAAGGUGAACUCCAACAGUCUGGACUCCUGUAUCACCAUCCAAGACCUUCCUCCGAAGAUCCCUCCAUACUCCAAACUCCAGGACCUGGCGGGCUCCCGCGUGCCCCCUCGACUCACCCCGAGCCCAGCGCCGGUGCUCCACAUUGACUCUCCCAGCUGUUUCACAGGCCAGGCGCUGUCGGUCAGCAGCUCGCCCAUCCUCUACCCCAAGAUGUCUGGCCUGCACCGCAGCAUGGAGUCGUUGCCGCUUCAUAUGAGCGUCCCCACCAAACCUGAUCUGGGAGACCGGGAAGAAACCAGGAGUACUGGGACGUGGGGCGCAGGCAGUCGGACGUCCAUCACUUUGGGCGACAGUUUACAAACUGAUAGGAACACCUUUCCCAAGAAAGGAUUAAGUCGCUACGGCAGCGGCCAAUCAGAUGGCGAAGUGAGGGAACGCCGUCACUCCCACACGAUCACGAGCAUGACGGAUUCGGAGAGCCCGCCGCAGCUGCCCUCACCGACACACAUGACUCAGCCCUUCCUGGGAAAAACACCGCCGACCAAUGUGGUGGCACCAAUCCCGAGUUCAGGCUCCGGUUCCCAGAUAACACGUUCCAACAGCAUCCCGGCGAAUGAUAUGGGGUACGAGCUGUACGGCACGUCUCCUCUGGGCAGCUCUCUGUCUCUGGCCGACCGACCGAAGAGCAUGAUGAGAUCCGGAUCCUUCAGAGAGCCUAGCGAAGAUGUUCAUGGAUCUGUACUGUCCCUGGCCUCAAAUGCCUCAUCCAACUAUUCGUCGACUGAAGAGAGAAUGCAAGGAGAGCAAAUCCGGAUCCUGAGGCGUGAGCUGGAGUCGUCUCAGGAUAAAGUGGCCAGUCUGACCAACCAACUCUCUGCAAAUGCUAACCUGGUGGCGGCGUUUGAGCAGAGUCUGGCCCUCAUGACGGCACGACUGCAGAGUCUGUCAGUCACUUCUGAGCAGAAGGAUUCUGAACUACAGGACCUGAGGGAAACCAUAGAAGUCCUAAAGUCCAAGAACACAGAAGCCCAGUCCUUGAUUCAAGGGGCCCUCGAUGUCCCCGAAACCACACCCAAAGAGCUGCAGAUCGACCGGCAGAACUCGUCAGAGAGCAUCUCCAGUCUGAACAGCAUCACCAGUCACUCCAGCGCAGGCAGCCUCAAGGAACAGGAGGCCAAGAAGAAGAAAAAAAAGAGCUGGUUGAGGAGCUCCUUCAACAAGGCCUUCAGUAAAAAGGGAUCCAAAGCGCCAUAUGCUGAUAUAGAGGAGAUCGCAACCCCGGUCACGUCCGCCCCAUCUUCACCCAAAAUCCAACAUAAUGUGGAUAAUGUCUCCGCAAAGGCCUCGACCUCAACAUCAGAAUCGUGCGAUGGCCGUGAGGAAACUGAGCAAGAAGAGAAAGUGGUGUCAGAGUUACGCUCGGAACUAUGGGAGAAGGAGCGCAAGCUGACGGACAUCCGUUUGGAGGCGCUAAGCUCCGCCCAUCAGCUGGAGCAGCUGCAGGAGGCCAUGACCAACAUGCAGAUUACGGUGGAAAACCUGAAGGCGGAGAAUGACCAGCUGAAGACGGGUGGCCCCUCCUCCAGACCCCCAAGCUCCACCUCCCAGUCCUCUGGGCUCGGUUCAUUGGGCGUCUCAUCACCACGGCAAUCGGUGUCGUCUUUUGGCAAAACCGGCACGGGGCAAAAUGAUCCUUACCCAGAUGUCUUUCAAAGCCCCACCACGACUUUGCAGAAGGAUGAAAGUCUCGUCAGAGUGUUGGUCCGCAUACCCAAUCAGCAUCUAUUUAAAGACGAGGUGAAACAGAUUGAGUUUUUCAUUGGCGCGGUUAAAAUCAGCGGACGGACAGACUGGUUUUCUCUGGACUCUGCAGUUAUCCAGGCUUUUAAAGAGUAUUUAGCAGUGGUGGACCCCGGAUCCAGUCUCGGUCUCUCUCAGGACUCCAUCUACAGCUACAGCCUAAGCCAUCUAAAGAGGGUUCUGGGAGCGCAGCCGCCCGAGACGCCUCCUGUGCGCCUCUACACCAAAGGCUCGUCCUGCAUCAGCGUGGCUCUGAAAGGACUGAAGGAGAAGUGUGUGGACGUUCUGGUGUUUGAGACGCUCAUCCCCAAGCCCAUGAUGCAGCAUUACAUCAGUCUGCUGCUCAAGCACCGGCGGUUGAUCUUAUCGGGCCCCAGCGGCACAGGAAAGAGCUACCUCACCAACCGCCUUGCCGAGUACCUGGUGGAGCGCAGCGCUCGAGAGGUUACGCCCGCCAUCACCACCACCUUCAACAUGCACCGCCAGUCCUGCAAGGAUCUUCAGCUCUAUCUGUCCAAUCUGGCCAAUCAGAUCGAUCGGGAGAGCAACACAGCUGAAAUCCCAUUGGUUGUCAUCUUGGAUGAUGUGCAUGAUGCAACAUCCCUCAGUGAACUUGUUAAUGGUGCUUUAACCUGUAAAUAUCAUAAAUGUCCAUACAUAAUAGGGACAACCAAUCAGCCAGUGAAGAUGACCCCUAACCAUGGCCUACACCUCAGCUUCAGAAUGGUGACGUUUUCCAAUAACGUCGAGCCAGCAAACGGGUUCCUGGUACGUUACUUGCACAGAAAGCUUAUGGAGGCCGAGGAUCCCAGGAGUGUGAAGAAUGAAGAUCUGCUGAGGGUGUUGGACUGGGUUCCCAGACUCUGGUACCACCUCCACACCUUCUUGGAGAAACACAGCACCUCUGAUUUCCUCAUUGGUCCCUGCUUUUUCCUGUCCUGUCCAGUUACAGUAGAGGAAUUCCGCACGUGGUUUAUAGAUCUUUGGAAUCACUCAAUCAUCCCAUACCUGCAGGAAGGAGCCAAAGAUGGCAUUAAGGUUCACGGGCAGAAGUCGGUGUGGGAGGAUCCGGUGGAGUGGGUCAGAGGAUCUUUGCCUUGGCCGUCUGCUCAGCAAGACCAGGCCAAACUCUUUCAUCUGCCUCCCCCGAGCACAGGCCCCGGCAGCCCCAGUCAACCAGGAGACGAUCGGCCACAUAAGGAGACGCCGCCCAGCUCCGUCGAGUCAGAUCCACUGAUGGCUAUGCUGUUAAAACUACAAGAGGCUGCCAAUUACAUUGAGUCACCGGAGAAAGAAACAGAUCCAAAACUCCCUCCUCUCUGAACAUCCGACUGACGUCCCCGUCAUCUCCUCCAUCUCUCCUGCCGUCCAUGUCGAGGUCCAAACCCAAACAGCUGCCCCACACCUGCAGAUGACACUGUACUGUUACUAUAAAUGCUGUUAGUGCAUUCACCCACUCGCAUUUAUCAUAUUAUCCAUCCCACCUUUUUUAAUUUCAAUCAGAUGUCCCUUACAGAAAAGUAUUGUGGUGGUACCGUGGUUCAGUGAUGGUAAUACUGUGGUACUUUCUCAUAUGGGUGGGUAGUUGACUUGUUCUGCAGUAUGACAUGCUAUACAACCAUUUUAAACAGCAUUUUGCUCUGUCAAGGUUAUGCAUGCAGCAUGCAUAAUAAUGAGCUCUUAUGAAUCGUAAGACUACAUGGAGUAUUUGUACUUAUAAAAACAGAUUUGUUGCACCUCAGGACUUUUAAAAUAAACUAGUGAUGGCAAAAAUAGUGGUUAAAAUGAUUAAAACUCAUUACAGCACCUAAAUCUGCACUUUUCCUUAUGCAUUUAUUUAAACUUUUGAAAAAUAGUUUAAAUAUUGGUGGUGAUCCAUAAAACUAUCCAUAUACCAUGGUGCUGAGUAAAGAACAUGGUAUUAUCAUGUUUACCAUUGUACUUUUAUGUAAGGGCUUACAAAAACACGAUUUCGUCAUGAAACGUAACGCUUUCUCCUAAAAAAAAAUGACAGAAAUGAUCAUUUUAUAGCACUUCUAUCUACGUAUUUCUGUUUGCGGACACUUUAGUACAGAUGUAAAUUCUCUUUGCGGGAACCUUUACUGUUCCACUGCUGCCCGUAUUAACAAGUCAACAAUACUGGUGCUAAAAUCACUAGUGUGCAUGUGGGACUUCAUCUCGUGGUCAUGAAUAAGAGCCAACAUGGGAGAUAUUGGGAAAUAUUCUGUCUCGCUUAAUGAUGUAACACUUCACAGGCCACUUUUAGCCUAUGCUGCUUUUUGUACGUUUCAUUUUUUUUCACGUUUGAAUACGGCCACAGCAUAAGCCCCAGAAACACUUAUGCAGACUGCGUUACACUUUUUCUUCCUCUUUCUAACACAGUGAAUGCCUUAUAACAGAUUCUAAGUGUGCUGUCAUGUUCCCUCCUCACUCUAGUCUGUAGGGGGCAGAGUUGAGCAAAGAUCAGAAAUGAAUAGGCACCUUUCAGUUGAUGAGUGUGAAUCUGAAUUAAAUUGGCAACAGGAUGCUGGAUUUGAGUUUGAUUUGAAACAAGUGGAAUUUACUGAAUUGUAGAAUACUGAAAUCUGUUAGAUUUCAUUUGAUGUUGUCAAAAAACGUAUUAAUUAAUUCUGUUUUAAUUCUAAACCCUUAAAUUCUGCAUCCUGUUUUAACCCUGAUAAGGGAAGCGUUCUCAAAACUAAAGCUUGCGUUCCCUCAAAAGUUGCCACAGUCUGCAAAAGCACCUCGCUAACACGCUGCAAAGAUAAUUUGCAUUCGGAGAGACGUCCCGACCACAAACGGACGUUUUUGUGCACUUUGAUUUACUGUAAUGGUACUGUAGUGACGUUCUACUUGGCUUUGACACUGAUCUCAGCUCAGGGGUUUGGUUAUCUCAGGCCUCUAAUUAGAUUCAAUACAGCCACUUUCUCAGUUACUGCUCUCUUUGUAGCAAAUGGUGCAAUGUAGAAAACCAAAUACUCAGUGCUUUAUUCAGUACGAGCCUUUUAUUUGACGAGACGAUCACCCCGAUAAAGUGCACACGGAUGUGAAGAUGAAGAUUAUCUUUGAUUAUUUGGUGCUAUCCAGUAUCACUAUUGGAAAACAUGACUUGGUUUAGCAAAAAUCUCACUUGACAUCCUAUAGCCUUAGUCUUGUGGCAUUUAAGGGCAUCUUUAGGUACAACCAAGUGAUCAUUUUAUUUACACAAUCCUUUUAGUGGUAGUUUUAGAGCUGUAAGCAUUAAGUUUCUAUAGACGUAGUUUAAUCAUCACACUAAAAAUCCACCACGAAAUUGUCGUCAAAGUAAAUCAACCCUCUUUUUUAAUGAUAACCUAAAAACAUAUCAAACACAGCGUUUCUCUCAAGCUUACGAUUAAUAUCAAAGUCGGCAGUACUGUAGAGCAUAACAUCCUCAACGCUCACAUAGAAGAGGAUUCGCUCACAGAAAGCAGUGGUGGACCAGUAAUUUCCCAUCUCUGUACCUGAAACUAAUAUCCAAACAUGCAUGUUGGUAAGAUCUGGGCUAUUAAGGUAAAAUAUAACUCAAAUCAUUCCAUUCCUUUCUAUUCAUCUAUACUGCAUUAUCAUUACUCUACAGUGUAAAUAUGAUUUUCGUAGUUCCUUCUUCAAGAAAUGAGGGUUGUGGAGUUUAUUAGCCAAAUAGAGAGAUUGUAAUGUUCAAGAUGGCAAAAUGAUUUUGUUUUUUUAGCCUCCUUCAGUUGCGCUGCUACUGCUGCUUUAAGUCUAAUACGUGACAUUUAUAUUUGAUUACAUUCCAGACAUAAGACAGUGUGUCAAUGGCUUUUGUUGCUCAUCUGCUGAAGAUCACAGUUCAUUUGUUGCUGCUGCAACAAAAUAUUACAUUUCAUAACCGCGGCAUGUUGGUGAAUUACCACCGAUAUUGAAUCUGGAUCUAAUCAUUGAGGGAAUACAUCUCAUUGGAGCAGGUAGAGUGUUUUCAUCAGCAGCAAGACGUUUAUUAGUGUGACUAAAGCCGCUGUGCACUGUCUGCAUCAUGUUCCUGGUUAUUGUGCCUGUAACCGUGUGAUAGCUGUGCUGUGUUGUGCAAAGUCCCAUUUAAUGCGACAAUUCAGCAACUUUUUAGUCUACUUUGUCUGUUCUGGAAUUGUAAUGACAGCACAUGGAUGGUGACUGCAUAGUAAAACUGGAUUUUUACAAUGAUUUCACUGUCGUUAAUGAGCUUUGGUUUGUCUGCAUCUGUUGCCGUUUUCACUUUUUAAUGCACCUUUUUUUAUGUACUAUAUUGUUGCAAUAAUUUGUCAUGUGUGUUAGAGUCAGGUACUCCAUGGGAUAAAGACUUUGAGUGAUUGUAUGCCUUGAUGGUGCUGUCUUGAGGUCUUGGGCAACUCGUGAACGAACCUAUGGAUCUUUAAUAUCAGGUGGUUUGGUUUUAUGUAAAGUAUUUCAAAGAGGACCAAUGGAAAAUACACGUGUAAAGCUAUUACAGAUACAAAGUGGUGAGAAGUUGCUGAAUCGUCCCUUCACUUCAUGCAAUGCUUGAUAUUGAUUCAGAAGUCCAACACUAUUGCAUAAAAGGUAAUAUGACGGUAGAAGAUGUAAGUAAAAACGUGCAAUGGGUUUCUAAAUGUCGUAAACGCAUGUGAAGCAGAAUUACGGAUGUGUUCUACCUAAUUUGGGGUCGUAUAAAAGGAAUGACAUUGCUUUCUUUUUAUUGUAAUGUUCCCCCAAAUGAUUGUUUGUACGACUUCAGUUCCAUUUUGUACAGAACGUUAUAAAUGUAAACAUUGUACAUAGCGUGGCCCUGCAUUUGCAACAACAAUCAUUUAAGAAAAAACAUAAUGUCAUUAAGAAAUGUGGUUUGUAAGGAAGACUUGUGGUUUUGUUACCGAUGGAGUGGCCCAGUACACGAGAACUGGCAUGCUUCGGAUGUUCGUGAUGACCACCAAGACGUUGUCCAUCUGUCAUAAUAAAACCACAACGUUCGUUAA